CAGAAACAAGGACCUCUUCAUUAUUCAAGAGUAAAAUGUAUAGGCCAAGACCAAUGCUAUCACCGUCAAGAUUCUUCACUCCCUUUGCAGUAGCUUUCGUUGUCAUAAUAACGGUAGGGCUCCUGGCCAUGAUGGCAGGUCUACUUAUUCACUUUUUAGCUUUUGACAAGAAAGCUUACUUUUAUCAUAGCAGCUUUCAAAUCCUAAACGUUGAAUACACUGAGGCUUUAAACUCACCAGCUACACACGAAUACAGAACCUUGAGUGAAAGAAUUGAGGCUAUGAUUACUGAUGAAUUUCGAGGAUCAAGUCUAAAAAGUGAGUUUAUCAGGACACAUGUUGUCAAACUAAGAAAAGAAGGGACUGGUGUGGUUGCGGAUGUUGUCAUGAAAUUUCGAUCUAGUAAACGUAACAACAGAAAGGUAAUGAAAACCAGAAUUCAAUCUGUGCUACGAAGACUCAGCAGCUCUGGAAACUUGGAAAUAGCCCCUUCGAAUGAGAUAACAUCACUCACUGACCAGGAUACAGAAAAUGUUUUGACUCAAGAAUGUGGAGCACGUCCAGACCUUAUAACACUGUCAGAAGAGAGAAUCAUUGGAGGCAUGCAAGCUGAGCCCGGUGACUGGCCCUGGCAAGUCAGUCUACAGCUCAAUAAUGUCCACCACUGUGGAGGUGCCCUGAUCAGUAACAUGUGGGUCCUGACAGCAGCUCAUUGCUUCAAAAGCUAUCCUAAUCCUCAAUAUUGGACAGCCACCUUUGGGGUUUCUACAAUGAGCCCUAGGCUGAGAGUGAGAGUAAGGGCUAUUUUAGCCCACGACGGGUACAGCUCCGUAACUCGUGACAAUGACAUCGCAGUUGUACAACUUGACAGAUCUGUCGCCUUUUCCAGAAAUAUCCAUAGGGUAUGUCUCCCAGCAGCAACCCAAAAUAUCAUCCCUGGUUCUGUCGCAUAUGUUACAGGAUGGGGAUCUCUCACAUAUGGAGGCAACGCAGUCACAAAUCUACGGCAAGGAGAGGUCAGAAUAAUAAGUUCAGAGGAAUGCAAUACGCCAGCUGGUUACAGUGGAAGUGUCUUGCCAGGAAUGCUGUGUGCUGGAAUGCGUUCAGGGGCCGUGGAUGCAUGCCAGGGUGAUUCAGGUGGCCCGCUAGUACAAGAAGACUCAAGGCGGCUUUGGUUUGUUGUGGGCAUUGUGAGCUGGGGAUAUCAGUGUGGCCUCCCAAAUAAGCCAGGCGUGUAUACUCGAGUGACAGCCUACCGCAACUGGAUCAGACAGCAGACGGGAAUCUAGUGCAACCGAGGAAAAAACGUGCCAUGAGGUCUCUGUAUCCAAGUGUGACUGACUCGGAUGCCAUGGCUUCACAUUUCAACUGCAAAGGAGACUGGAAAUGCCCCUUCUGAACGUCCCAUUACAUAAAUAUGGUUUAACUGUUUAGUAUUUCUUUGUCGGUACAGAUUUUUACUUUCUUGAGGAAAAAAAAAACAUGAACAUGGCUAAGUAAGAAUUAUGUUAGGCUAGUAACAGGAAGACAUUUAUUACAUGGGUGGUCAGGUGUAGUAGUGAGAAGUCAGGUAAGUUAAGUCAAUAAUUUACAGAAAAUAAUGUCAGGUAGUCCUAACGUUAAAUAUGUGAGGCCACAGAACAAAUAGUGUUAGAACUGAAGCCAUCCCAAGUAUUUAACAUUUGUUUUCAAGUGAAACUAAGAAACAGACUUACAUAUAGUUUUAAUGGUGAAUUUUCAUUUUAAAUAUUUUAUCUACAUAGAAAAGACAUAUCUCCUUCAUGAAGAAGCUGAGGUGAUGAAUCAACACAGCCUCUUCAGCUAUGUUUGCAACCACAAGAUUUGUGGGAAAGAAAUCCCUACUACCAACUUCCUACUGUUGGCAUUAUUUUUUAGAGUAACACGACGCACAAUAGCAAAAUUUAAGUAACAAAUUAAAAGUUAAUGAUGAAGAAGAAGUAAAGAGUUUGUUUGCAAAGACAAAAAUUAAACAGAUUAAUAUCAAUAAAUCUGGAGACAGAAGGGUCUCAGAUUCAUAUUCUCUCU